CUGGGGCCCAAAGCCAGGGGACCACCGAGCGGCGCGCUCUGGCGUCCUAGAGAGGAAGCACGUGCGGCUUGGGCGACGCAGCCUGCGCGGUGACGCGCUUCCGGUCACGCCGCACAUUGCGCCUUUCUGAGCCCCUGCCCUUCACUGAGGGAGCCCAGGUGAUGGCAGCCAUGUCCCUGAAUGCCUGGCAUCAGGAGUUGGUGACCUUUAAGGACGUGGCUGUCUACUUCACCGGGACAGAAUGGGCUGGUCUUUCUCCUGCACAGAAGGCCCUGUACAGAAGUGUUAUGCUGGAGAAUUAUGGGAACUUGACAUCCCUGGGAUACCCAGUUCCCAAACCUGCCCUGAUCUCACUUCUGGAGGGAGGGAAUUUGCCUUGGGGCUUGGAGGCACAGGAUAACCCAUCUGCAGAGAGGACCAAAGACAUCUGUAAAGAUACUGAGACCAACGUUGGCAAUGAAUCCACAUCAACACAGGGAAUUUCUGAAGAAAGAGAUGUGAUAUUGUCACAUGGUUUGCAGAAGAGUGUUGUUCAGGGAGCCAACUUUCUAGAAACCUGUGAACUGGAAAAGCACCAGGAAAUCCCCACAGUGAAAAAUAUUAAAGGAAAGAGUCCAAGAAUCCACUGUACAAGAAAACCCUUCAGAUGUGAGGAGUGUGGGAAAUGCUUCAGUUAUUUUUCUUACUAUGUUAGACACCAGAGAAUCCACACCGGGGAGAAACCCUUUGAGUGUAAUGAGUGUGGAAAAGCCUUUAAUGGCAAUUCUUCAUUAAUUCGGCACCAGAGAAUCCACACUGGAGAGAAGCCCUAUCAAUGUGAAGAGUGUGGGAGAGCCUUUAAUGAUAAUGCAAAUCUGAUUAGGCAUCAGAGAAUCCACAGUGGGGACAGACCCUAUCUCUGUGGAGAGUGUGGAAAUGGUUUUACCAGUAGUUCCGAGUUUGUCAUACAUCAGAGAAUCCACAAUGGGGAGAAACCUUAUGAGUGUAAUGAGUGUGGAAAAGCUUUUGUUGGUAAUUCACCACUACUUCGACAUCAGAAAAUCCACACUGGAGAGAAACCCUAUGAAUGUAAGGAGUGUGGCAAAAGCUUUGGAAGGACUUCUCAUCUUAGCCAACAUCAACGUAUUCACACAGGGGAAAAGCCUUAUUCUUGUAAGAUAUGUGGGCAGGCCUUCAAUUUUCAUACAAAACUAACUCGGCACCAGAGAGUCCACAGUGAGGAGAAACCCUUUGACUGUGUAGAUUGUGGAAAAGCCUUUAGUGCUCAGGAACAAUUAAAAAGGCAUCUAAGGAUCCAUAUUCAGGAGUCUUCCUGUUUAUGUGAUGCCUGUGGAAAAGUCUUCGCUAGCAAAAGAAAUUUUCUUCAGCAUCAAAGAAACCACACUGCAGAGAAACCCUAUGAGCGUGUCGAGUAUGAAAAAACCUUUAGGACUUCUUCCAAGCUAGGUCAUCAUGAGCAUAUCCACCCCGGAGAGAAACCUGUUGUCCUAGACAUUUGUCAUUUUGGCCUCCCAGAAUUUUUCACCCCCUUUUACUGGUAAUAGUACACUAAAUUUCCUUUUGGAUUUCAUCUUCCACUCAGGAGCAGGAUAUGUGACACAGGCCUGGCUCAGCUGCACAUUCCUUCCCCUAAACCAUAGCUGUUGGUUCAGAUGUCAGUAAUUUACCCAGCAUGGUCCAAUUACAGUCCCAGGACUUGGCAAGAGUUAAUAGGAAGAAAUAACUCUUCUUUUCCCCCUUAGUCUUUUUUUUUUUUUUUAAGAUUUUAUUUUUAUUUAUUUGACAGAGAAAGACCCGGCAAGAGAGGGAACACAAGCAGGGGGAGUGGGAGAGGGAGAAGCAGGCCUCCCGCCGAGCAGGGAGCCCGAUGCGGGGCUCGAUCCCAGGACCCUGGGACCAGGACCCGAGCCGAAGGCAGACGCUUAACGGCUGAGCCACCCAGGCGCCCCUCCCCUUAGUCUUAAAGCUGAGAGGAACUCUUAAAUUCUUGUGGAGGCUGAGAGAAAGCACAGCAAAAAAGAAAUCAGAGUUGAAGAGCAAUCACCCUCAAAGCUUCUGUUUGAACAACUACAUUAAACCAUAUCUGAAGCCA